AGAGACCUCAGGCCCUGCUGAUAUGACGCUUCAUGGACGGCCAACAUCUUCUCAACCUGUCGCAGUGAGGUCAGCAGGUCAUGAGUGGAUGGACACUCCUGUUGAUGGGAGGAAGAGUAGUGCAACCAAACAGCUGCAAUAACACCUAGGUGAAAACUGGCCCUGAGCUCCAGCUGCUGACCCUCAGUCUACAACACAGAACCACAGGGAACAACAUACAACACACACCACGGAACUGGAGCAGCAACAAGAAAUCAGCACAGUACGAACAUGUCGGUGUUGGGGUGUCUCAGAGGAGGAAGCCCACGAAUGGGUGAACCAGAGUUCACUGUUCUCCACUGAUGGAACAUCAAAUUGAACCUUUACUAACAUCAGAGGGAAACCCACGGAGCCCGACGUGGAGUUAUUAUCACCUGUAGUUACCUGAGCAGAGGAGAAACCGAUGUGAUGAAGAGUCAGCAUCAGUACGACGACCGCUGUGGGCUUCAUGAACACACAAAGAGAACAUGCAGAGACUGGAAGACCAUCUGUCACCACAGUGGAUCCAACUGGUGAUCGUCUUGCUGUAAGCUCGGAGUGUGUGAUGAUCAGCAGGAGUCCAGUCUUCCCCACACUCUUCUCCUCACCACCUUCCCUCCUCUGCUCUCGUCUCCUUCUCCUCCUGCUCUGUAAUGACCCAUUUCAACGGCAACUACCACCGAGACCGAGACACAGUAAUGAACGGAGAGCACAGGGUUGGGACGGACAAGAGAGGAAGCUCCUCACUUAAAAGAUCCAACUGUGACAUCGAGUACAGCAGAUAUCCUGAUGACCAUAAGAACAGUGUCUUCGACUACCAGCGUGUUCCCUCAGUCAGUGUGGAGCCCAGUCCAGUCAAGCGGCUUCGUCUUUCAUCCUCCUCCUCCACCUCCACCUCCGCCUCUUCCUCCUCCACGGUGGCUCUAAAGAUGAAGAGCAUCAGAGCGUCCAGUGGGAGCAACCACACAUCCGUCCAGUCCUCCAGCAGCAACCGCAGCAGUGAAGCCAAACUGAAGAUGGCUGAGCUUCUUGCCAUAAAGAGGGACUUGAUGGUGAUCAAGGUACAGGUUGAUGAACUGUUGGACUGUGUGGACAAGAUGGACAGACAGAGAAAGGACUGCUCAGACUGUCCUCGGAGCAGAGAGCCCAGUGUUUCAGACUCUCCUCACCAGGGUUCUGUCAGCAGUCUGGAGAGAGAAAGUCCUGAACCAGGAGAGGCCAGUGAGGACGAGCCCCUGUAUUACCACCACUACUACCCCCAGAGGAUAAAACAGCAUCACUCUGAUAUAGAAGACAACCUGUGAUACGACGGCUCAGAAACAGAAGUUUGGAUUGUGGAACUGGAGACAUUAUCAAGGAUAAGUACAGACCAGGCCCAUUUAACUGUCUUUAACUUGUUUUAUUUACUGUAAAGAACAAUUUACAUUUUGAUUUUGCUUUUUGGGCAGUUACUGGCAUCAAAUGUACUUUUUAUACAUUAUCUUUAAAAAAUCCUUUGUCAGGAUUGUCUGAUGUUUUUAGUCUUGAUCCAGACAGUAAUGAGUUUCAGAUACUUCUGAGUAGUUUAAAAUAAAGAAGGCAUAUUGGCAAUAUUUACUCUCAUAAAACUGUGAUAUGAAAUUAUAAGUUACUGACUUUAAAAAUCUACUUCAGCAGUGAAAAAGGUCACAGGUCACAACUCUACAUUUAAUGCAUUCCACUGUAGGACUGAUGUUACAAAGUUCUAAAGAGAAGUGUUACAUGUUACUGUAGACUAAAGCUCAUUUAAAAAAGAAAUCACAGCAUUUCUUAUAUAUUAAUUAAGAUUGAAUGUCUGCUGUACUGUAUAUUUCACGGAAGGAUAUUAGUUGUAUGAAUCACAGCUGAAUUAUUGUAUAACUACAUAUUUAUCAUUUUAAAUUGCUUGUAAUGUUUAUUCAUCCUGUUGGGCUGUAAAAGUUCAAGUUAAGCAGGGGACAUUAUAAAACUAGUUUAAGAGCCAUUACCAGGCCACGGGCCAGAACUUGGACACACCUGGUGGUGUAUAUGUUAUAUUGUAUACUAAGUUACUGUUGUAGACAUUAUUUUUUGAGCAGUAUUAUGCACCAGAAUGAUUAUCAUAGGCCCUGAAAACAGAUUUACUGGACCCUUUAAAAUAGUUCCCCGCUCCCAUCUUCAUCAUGUUGAGUCGGUGUGGCAGCAGCUGGCAGCUUGUUAUCACACUUUAUUUUCAUUAAGCCUAUGGUCACAAUAGGAAAUGAGCUGUGAAUGGGGCUGAAAUGAGCACAAGAUUCAUCUUCUUUACGGCCAACUCGCUCAGGAAAUCACUCCUAAAAUAAUGGUUUCCUGAGAUCACAAUAAUUUACACACAAUAAUGAUUCACAAUAAUACAAAUAUACAUUUGUUGUCCCUACACUAACAGUUAAAUGUCCUUUUUUUUAAACCAAAUCACCCCCCGUAAUCAUAUAUGUUUAUAUACAUAUAUACAGUUACACACACAAAUAUGUUCAAUACAUCCAAUAUAUAUUUUAAGAAAAAUGUCUUCAUCACCACAGACAUUGUAUGACUGAUUAAAUAGCUACAAAGUUCCAGUCAUGAUUUCUCAUCGGCCGUGUGAACAACAGGGACAAUGGUGUCUUACAAAAUAUGUUCAGAUUGUACUUGUAAAAUAUAAGUUGUUUUUUUUUUUGUUGACACUUUUAUCUGUACAAUAGAUGCUCUUUAUAUUAAACUGUUAUUUAAGGUUAAAAGGUUAAAAGGGUGAAUCAAGUGGAAGGAGAUCAGAUUUAUAUGACGUUGUUCUCCUGAAUAAUUUUGGGAAAUACUUUGUUUGGCUUCAGCUGUUGUUGCUUUUGUGUUUGUUCUCAGUGCACGGUGUACUGUCUUUUAUUGUGCGUGCAAUAAAGGUAUUUUUAAAU